CUUGCUCGGCACCCUCUACCUGCAAAUACUCGCCCUCCUUCUCAUUUGUUUAGAAUGCACCGUUCACUGGCUGACUAGCACAACACACCAUAAGGAAUAGGUAUGCCUUGACAAGGUGAGGGUCAAACUCUAAGAUAACCUCUAAGCUAAGCGACUCAACUUAUGGAUCACGACAGAAAGUAAAGCAUGCCUGAACCUGUGCCUCCGGCUUCAGGCAUGUGCCAGCACUGGGACUCAUCACAUCCUCACGGUGAGAUGGGUGUGACAAAGCAGCCCAAAGUGACCCGGAGGCGUGCUUGGCUGCAAUACGCCGUUUGGUGUCUAGGUUUUCUGUUGGUCUUCGGGAUUAUCGGCAUGUACCGUGUCUUCCGUAUGCAGCCCCAGGAACAGAAAAUUUAUCUGAACCCACAUCUGGAAUCAUACUAUGUGGCAUACCCGCAUAGAUACCGCUUCAUUGUGGACCAGCCUGAGCUGUGCAGGCAACACAAACCAUAUAUCGUGAUCAUCGUUCCGGUGGCACCUAAAAACCUGGAAGCACGUGAUGCCAUAAGAAGCACGUGGGGGAAUGAAAGCUUGGUCCAGGACAAAGAUAUUCUGGUGCUGUUUCUGCUGGGGUUACCGAGCGGGGACGACUUGGAGGCUCAGCAGGUGCUCAUACAACAGGAAAACGUGCGUCAUCGGGACCUCCUUCAGAGUGAUUUCAUCGACUCCUACAGGAACCUCACGAUCAAAACAAUGGUGAUGCUCGAAUGGCUGAGAGACCGCUGUCCGGAGGCGUAUUACGCCGCGAAAGUCGACGCCGACAUGCUGCUAAACAUCGUCGCCUUGAUAAAAAUGCUCCUCAGACACACUGAAUACAUGACCGACUACAUUACCGGCCUAGUGUGGUAUGAGAACGUCGUGAUACGAGAUCCAGACAACAAGUUUUACAUCCCUCCCGAGGUGUACCCCUACCAGGUGUAUCCGCCGUACCCUUUGGGAAUGUGCUACAUCAUUUCUAUGGACCUACCGGAAAAGAUUCUGGAAGCGUCUCAGAAAAUCCGGCCAAUUUUCAUCGAGGACGUGUAUAUCGGCUUGUGCCUCGAAAGGCUUCACAUCACACCUACGACACCUCCGGACAUCCGGCAGUUCGUGGUGAAUCCGCCUCCGGAGUACGACCACUGCUACUACAAAGACCUUAUUGCUGUAGUAACAAACAGUCCGGCUCAGCUUAAGUCCUUUUGGAUGGAUCUUAACAAACCAGGGCCGGCUUGCUAAAGCAGAGAGUCAGAUUCCUUUGACUACCAGCGCUGAAGUUAUGUCGUGUUUUACAAUUUCGGAAAAAUCACUACUGAGCACGUAUCAAAUAUGUAGGACAAGAAACGUACAUUUGUUGAAAAUCAUGUGGUUAAUGGGAAAACCCUCUCGCUAAUGUAGGUUAACUGUAAUCUUUUUUUUCUUUAUUUUUCACUUGUGGGUUAAAACAAAUUGAAUCAUUAUGUUUACAUUGUCAUAUAGUAACUGCAAGUUUCAGAGAUGUGAAAUUGAUGUAAAUCGAUUUUUAUUCGGAUUCCUGCUUCUAUAUACAUUUGCUUAAACCGUGCUUUUUCCUUUCAAUUAUGUGAAAGAAAUGAAACACAUUAAGUAUAUCUCUCCAUAGGCUGAGCAACCAGCACCUUUUGACCAAUCAAGUUCAAGAAUUCCAUAUCACAGUCAUGUAGGAUUAGGUUUUUGUGAAAUCUAGGCCAUAGCUCAUUUCAUUUAAAACAACUUCAAUACGUUGAUUAUGUCUACAUAAUUUCAGCUUUUCGUAAUGAAAUCAAAUCUGGAAAAAAAAAAAAAUUUAAAUAAAGAGUUUGUUUUCAUCUCCCAUCUGAUGAUCACAUGUUUUCAAAAGAAAAAGAAAAAUGCUUGUAAGGCGAUACAAGUAGAGCGAGCGGAUUCAAUGGCAUACGGGACAAAAGGAAAUCUGAUAAGUGCGCAUUAUAUCUGAAUGAGUCGCCUAGCAAUAUUUUGCGAAAUAUGUAGGAUGCUGCCACUGACUUUCAGAGCAAGCAGUGCUGAUGUAAAUCUUCUGGACUGGUAUUUCGCCAUUGUUUUGACACCGAAGGACAAGUAUGAAUCUUAACAAGCCCAUUUAGCUCACACACAAAUUUCCCUAAGCAAAUAAUUAAGGCUUGUGUGGUCAGUAGCAGCAUUCCAGGUCAUCAACCUUGAAAAAAAAAGAGGUAGUGAUAUGGAAUGUCCUUUGCGAUAAUACUUUAGAAAUCUCAAUUAUCUCAGUCAUUACAUACGAGUCAGUUAUUCUAGGUAUUAGAUUGCUGUCCUUGUUUUUUAAAAAAAUGACUAAUAGUGAGUGUUUAAUACAUCGGCACCCAAACACUUUGUACCUUUUUGAUGAUUAUAAAAUGCCUAGGUGUUGAAGUCCACAUGUCCCUGCAUGUCUUUUUUUUUUGCUAUUACUAUAAAAUAGGCUUUUCUGGAGUACAUAAGGAAAUUAACACCUGCCUUCAGACCACAAAUAAUACACCACCUUGUCCUCCCAGCUAGCCACAAGCUGCUAGUCGAUGGUUCCUGUUAGCGUUCGCUCUUUUUUGAUGUGUGUUUUAAUUGUUUGUUCAUUCAUCAUUUAGUUUUUCUACCUUGUAAAAUAUUUGCCAAUUUUAUUAGGGGUUUAACACUAGGUGGUCAAGUGUUUAUAAAAGCAGUUUGCUUAACAGGUUCCUCCGGUACAUAUCAGAUAGAGUAAAAUUGAUCCUCAAAUCUUUACACCACCUUAUCUGCAAAUAUUACUGCGGCAUUAACAAAUAGAUUCAAACUAGAAUCAUACUAUGUUUACAUUUACGUCAUUUUUGGCAUCCAGAGUGACUUACAAUUAUACAAUUGUGUAUAGCCGAGCAUUUGAGGUUUAAGGGCCUUGCAUCAGCGGCUUGGCAGAGCUGAGAUUUAAACUCACAACCUUUCAUUUAGAAGUCAUCUUAAGCAAUGAGCUACAACUUUUUCCCUAAGCUAAAUGUAUUAGAAGAUAUUUAAAAACAUGUAAUCCCCGCCCUCGCACACAUCUCCAGGCAAGUACCCUAUGCUGCACAUUGGUUGAAUUCCUGUUCAUAAGUUCUUUGGAUUUAUUUUAGUUUUGUCUAUUUUUAGUCCAUUUAGAAACGUUCCACUCCAUU